CCACGAAAACACGUUCCUCCAAAGGAGCCUUCUUCCACGGCCGCCGAUCCUCCCGCCAGCGAAAGCCACCGCCCCGAGCCAAAAGGCCCGGCCUUCUACCAGCUCUCCUUCACCUGCCAGCCCUGCGGCCACCGCUCGCACCACAACGUCUCCAAGCAGGCGUACCACCACGGGUCCACGCUCAUCACGUGUCCGAGCUGUCGGAACAGACAUGUGAUUAGCGAUCACUUGAACAUCUUUGGCGAUCGCAAGAUUACGGUCGAGGACCUCAUGCGGGAGAAGGGACAGCUGGUCAAGAGGGGUUCGCUGGGGGAGGAUGGGGAUAUUGAGUUUUGGCCGGAG